UUUCGCGGUUCAGGUCCCCAAGUCAAAAACCCAGAGACAAAUCCCUAAGAAAGGAAUAACAACGCCCAACAGAGAAUACUACAUUGAUCAAUCGAUCCCAAAUAUCAUUCCACUGAAUCCACUGGGUUACUGCGACUACAGUUCUUCUAACUUGCCAUGCCCGAAAGGGUCCGUACCGUCUUCAAUGAUGAAGACGAGGUCCCCGUCCCCAGCCAGCACAAGGCCCCUAAGAACACAAAGGGCCAGGAUUCAGGACCCGUGAAGAGGAAGAGCCAUCUUAAUGAAAACAUUGAAAACAUUGAUAAGAGGAACAAGAAACGAAAACGCGAUGUGGUGACAGGCGGAUCUCUGCAGUCUCGCUCCUCGCUAACGGACGGCGCAAGCCCAUUAUCGCACCCCGCUCAUCCUCGAACGAACGACAACUCGACAGACGAGAAUAGCGUCUCCAGAAAGCCGUACGACAAACACCGAAAAGAUAAAUCGAGACAAUUCAAGGAUGGAAACCAGAACUUCCUCUCGUUGAAGAAGAGAGCCCAGGCUUUGUACGAGCUCCGCAAAAACCUCCCCAUCUUCCCCUCCGGUGACGAGAUACGAGGACACCUGCGCAAAAACGAUGUGAUGCUGUUGAUUGGUGAAACGGGUAGUGGAAAGAGUACCCAGAUCCCUCAAUUUCUGGUCAAUGAGCAGUGGUGUCGGCCAACCAAGGCCAAGAUUGUCCAGGGGGAUGGCGCUGAAAAGGAGAUUACCGUGGGUGGCUGUAUUGCCAUUACUCAACCUAGGAGGGUGGCAGCUAUUUCCCUGGCUAGGCGUGUUGCGGAGGAAAUGGGGACCCCUCUUGGGUCUUCUUCUCCUGCGAGCAAAGUUGGCUAUUCGGUUCGAUUCGAUACCUCUACCUCCCCGAGCACGCAGAUCAAGUUCUUGACGGAGGGAAUGCUUCUUCAGGAAAUGCUACAUGAUCCGUGGCUUACAAAGUAUAGCGCAAUCGUGGUUGAUGAAGUGCACGAGCGUGGUGUGAAUGUUGAUCUAGUGAUGGGGUUUUUGAGGAAUCUAGUCUCCGGGGAGAAAGAAGGCAGAGGCGGGGUGCCUCUCAAAGCUGUAGUCAUGAGUGCUACGGCUGAUAUGGAGAGCCUACAGGGGUUCUUUGCAGAGGGAUUCCAGGGUCGUCAUUUGAAAGGAACCGCAGACGCAGAUGCAGACGCAGACUCAGAGAAUGGUCUUGACGGAAUCUCUGUAUGCCAUAUUAAGGGUCGACAAUUUCCCGUCAAGACAAUAUACUCUCCAGAGCCGGUGCAUGACUUUGUCGAUGCGGCCUUGAAAGUUAUCUUCCAGAUACACUACAAAGAACCUAUCCCCGGUGAUAUUUUGGUUUUCCUGACCGGGCAGGAGACUGUCGAAGCCCUGGAGCAUCUAGUCAACGAAUACGCGAUCGGAAUGGACCCAGCACUGCCAAAGAUCCAAGUCCUUCCACUCUUCGCAGCUCUCCCCCAAGUAGCGCAGCAGCGAGUAUUCGUUCCCGCCCCGCCGCGAACUCGCAAAAUCAUCUUAGCGACGAACAUUGCUGAGACCUCCGUUACCGUAUCUGGGGUGAGAUUUGUUGUGGAUUGCGGCAAGGCAAAGAUCAAACAGUUCCGUACCCGUCUGGGUCUCGAUUCACUGCUGGUCAAACCCAUCUCCAAAUCGGCGGCCAUUCAGCGCAAAGGUCGCGCGGGUCGUGAAGCCCCAGGGCAAUGUUUCCGACUAUACACUGAAAAAGAUUACCUCUCUCUGGACGAGGUGAAUACUCCGGAAAUCCUGCGGUGUGACUUGAGUCAAGCCCUGCUCAAUAUGAAGGCGCGCGGGGUCGAUAAUGUCAUGGAGUUCCCGUUCUUGACGCGACCCCCACGGGAGGCCUUGGAGAAGGCCCUCCUUCAACUGCUUAGCAUUGACGCUCUUGAGGAAACCGGCAAAAUCAGUGCCACUGGACGGCAAAUUGCAAAACUUCCCCUCACUCCCACCCUCGGCCGCGUUCUUCUCGCGGCAUCGGAACACGGCCCAGAUUGCCUACUAGAUGUGAUUGAUGUGAUCUCCUGCCUGAGCGUCGAGAACAUUUUCCUGAAUACGAAUUCCGAGGAGAAGAAGGAAGAGGCUGAGAAAGCUCGGCAAGAUCUAUACCGGAGAGAGGGAGAUCAUCUUACGAUGUUGGCGACUGUGCGGGCGUACGCAGCAGAGAACAGUGAUCGGAAGGCAUGGGCCGAGAGACACUUGGUGUCACAUCGGGCGAUGCAAUCUGUCAUGGAUGUCCGCAAGCAACUGACAGCCCAAUGUCGACAAGCUAAACUACUUCCCAAUCCCCACGAGUCUCGGGACUCUGCGGGUUCCUCUAUGAUUAGAGAACCAUCGCCGGUUCUGAUUCUGAAAAGUUUCCUGCAUGGGUUCUCCACCAACACCGCCCGGCUCGUCCCCGACGGCAGCUAUCGCACUGUUGUAGGGAACCAGACCGUGGCAAUUCACCCGUCGAGUGUCUUGUUUGGCAAGAAAGUCGAGGCGAUUAUGUACAAUGAGUUUGUCUUUACAAACCGCAGUUAUGCACGCGGGGUGAGUGCAGUGCAGAUGGAUUGGGUAGGGCAGGCUUUGGCGGGGGAAUAGAUCUCUCUCGUCGGACCGCGCUUUCCCGUACAUUUUCUUUUCUUUAUGGUAUUCUCAUUAGCGAGAUUUGAAUUUGGGAGGGUUGGAGAAGGAGUUGUUUGGAUUGUAAUGGUCGAAGUAGAAUAGAGUAUUAGAACCUACCUUUAUCUGUAUGCCAAAUUCAGUUCAUAUAAAUGACUGCGGAUCAAGCAGGAAGAGAUCCAAUGGUCCUUUUUUUUUUAGCCAAAGAGGGACAACAUCCAAAUUGCG